UGAGAUAGAAAUACAGUAGUGAGAGAAAGAGAAAGAGACAGCGAGAGAGAGAGUGAGAAAGAGAGAGAGAGAGCGGGAAAGAGCCAAUUCAGACGACGUAACAGGAAAGAAGAAGAAAAAGAACACAAAAGAAGAUAUUUAUAUUAAUUUCUGAGAUAAGCUUGAAGGAGGUCACACGAAUUGAAAUCAUCGAGAUGCGGUGAUGGCUUUACUUUACAGAUUCGUGCAACUGCCAGAUCGCAGCGGCACGCGGGUAUUUUCAUUCGUCGUAACCCGAAGUGUCGUACGCGAUCCAGAAAGGGAUGUCACUAGCAAGGAAUUAGUUUGUGGUUUUCAAAGAUGGGCUGUAGCAUUUUCACGUGGAGACAAGGUAUUAGGUGUAUACCUGGUAUGGCGGGGUGCAUCGCGGAAUCUUCGAGUUUACGUCGAUUUCACGUUCACAUUGUUAAAUCGAGAACAUUUCUCGAUGAACGAAGGUUUUUCUGGGAAACGAGUAAAAUUCACUUACGAAUUGCCAGCCCAAGGCAAUCGAAACUACAUCCCAGUAUCCGAUCUCUAUUCUCGUAACUUUGCGGAUACCAAUGGCGAAUUUCAGUUGGAGUUGUCAAUGGCUAAUGUUCGUACGGUAUACAUGACAGAACUUAGAAUGCCAACUGGGGUUUUCUCGACUGGUCAAGCAAAGUCAAAUAAACUUGAGACCGAUUGCUUUACCUUCGGUGGUUUUGACUGGAGUAUCGUUAUCUAUCCUUAUGGGAAUAAAGAAGCUGAGGGUUGCCGGGGCCAGGAUCACGUAAGUGUCUAUUUGAUGAGACUCACGGGAUUCGAUCAUCGAUGCAGAGUGAAAUACAGCGUGGCAUUGGGCGAAGGUGAACGUAGAGUUGACUCUGGCCAAAUAGAAGAUCUCUCCGAUGCAGAAGGUUACGGAUUUGGAUGGCAUCCACGUUACAAAUGGUCGGAUGUUGCACAUAAAGGUGUUCUUAGAGUUUGCCUUGAAAUGGUUGAGGCAAGAACGAUCUGCGAGGUUGCUGUUCAAGCUCUUGGUCCGUCUGUUUUGUCACCUACACCUUGUUACGAUCGUGACAAACAAGCAUGGGUUGUUAGAGCCGAUCUUCAUUCGGAAACGGUCAGACUACAUUUGGUUUAUAAAGACAUCAAUCACGUACCACGAAAUCAUUUGAGAUACGUCAAUUGGUCAGCAUAUUUAUUAAGAGGCGAUGAACCAGACACGGUUGCAAUUUGUCUACCCGGUGCACCCUUCAGCCGUUAUUACGCUCAAGAAUCCGCAGAUGAGGGUAUCAUAAUGGAAACGAAUUUAGAGACAAACGAGAUCAAGGACAAUCACUGUCCAUUCCUUACCGACAAGAAACAAUUGAGGAUCAGAUUGGAAUGGAACGAGAGUCAUUUGCUAUUCCAAGCGACUUAUCACAAAUACGACGACGUAUGUCGUAUUCACAAUCAACAAAUGAGACGUGAAAUAGCAUCACUUCAAGCUGAAAAUUAUACAUUAGAGAGACAAUUGUUCAGCUAUCAAAAGAGUCUUGCAUUUGCGCAAGCUCAACAACAGCAACAACAAAAGCAACAGCAACAACAGCAACAGCAACAACAUCAACAACAACAGCAACAGGGUCAACAACGGCAUCCUAGCAGUCACCCGGCGCAUUUUGAAAGAUCAGCAUCAACCGAUACUGAAUACGCUUGACAAGUGGAUCUUGUUAACGAAUCGGAAAGUGGUAGUUGUAGACGUCAAUUGCCUGUAAUUCAAGAAAACGAUCGUAGGGUUCAUCAAAAUCUCGUAAGAUUGAUGGACCGUCGUUUGAGUAACGUCCAAUUGCAACAACAUCUUUACGAAUCUUACGAACACCAAUCACAAUUUCGAAGUAACAGCGAAUCAUCACCGAAACAUAGCAUCGAUCGUUCCGAAGAACAACGACGCAGUAUCGUUCAACAACCAAAAAGAUCGAGCAUUGGUCGUUCCGAUAGCGCAUCCGAUCGUGGCACUGACAUAUACCAGGCUUAUUAUUUGGGUUACGUUGGACAAACGGCUCAUAAACGUCGUAGAACCACUUUAUGGGAAACCCUAACUGGAUUGGUAUGUUCUUUAGGUGCUUUAGCUACCAGGGCUGCAAAAAUGGCCGCUAGACGUGGGGAUCCUCUUUGAAAUAAUCGCAAAUGAACUCGUGACGGGAUCUUGAAAUAAAGUUCGAGAAUAUAUGUACAUGGAAAAGAAAUGAAAAAAAAAGAAAAUAAAUAGUUUAUGAUUUUAAAUGAGAUUGAUGAUAGAACGUUAUCGAAUUGUAUACGUGGAGUUAAAAAAAAAAAAAAAAGAAAUUUAUUUAAAACGUGAAACAACCACACGUAGAGUAGAAUUUAAAUGGAGAAUAAUAAAAAGGAAA